AUGAAAAUAGCAGAGAAAGACGCAAGAAUUACAAUAACGAUCUUGAAUCGAGGCGGUGUCCUCAGAAUAUUCGGAUCUGUUACACAUCGUGGAACCCCUUUGAGUGAGGUCUUGGGGAGCCCCGUUAAGCAUCCACCACCAGCCGGGAGGCCUCGGAAGCCUUGGAAAAGAGGUCACCCGGAGGUGAAAGAGAAAAGCGAAGUAGAGGCAACCGGUUUGGAUCUUUCUGGUCAUCCAAAGUGGACUGCGAUCAACUCUACUCUUGGAAAAGAGAUAGAAACUACCAGAUACGGCAUUCUAAAUCUCCACCACCAAUCUUCGAACAUUUCGGUAGCUCCAAUAAGCGUUGACAAGUUCUCGCAGCGUCGUCGGAAGUGGCGAGCUGACGAAAGCAAUGAAGGGCCGGCUCACAAAAAGAGAAGAAACUGA